CCACUUCUCUCAACACUGCCGUCACGCCGUUUUUCUUUUCAUUUUCACCUCACUUCUCACAACACCAACCACGCUCCAGACUCCACUCUCCCAUUCCUCAAUUCCCUAAUUUCGAUGGCCUCCUCCAAACCCUAAUUCCCCAAAUUCCACCCGCAAUUCCGCCAUGGACAACAACACUACCGCCAACGGCACCAACAAUUUCAACGUCGCCGAUUCUCGUGACUCAUCGCCGCGCUCUCGGGACGCUGACAACAACGGCAACCACUACAACAACAGCAAUAACUCCUUCAUCGAUGAACCGCCUCCGCCAUCCUCCGCCGCUACAACCGCCAAGGUGAAAUUCAUGUGCAGCUACGGCGGAAGGAUCCAGCCCCGCCCUCACGAUAACCAGCUCACCUACAUCGGCGGCGACACCAAGAUCGUCGCUGUCGAUCGCCACGUCAAAUUCUCUGCCCUCGUCUCCAAGCUCUGCUCCAUCGCUAACGCCGAUGUCUGCUUCAAGUACCAGCUUCCUGGCGAGGACCUCGACGCCCUCAUUUCCGUCACCAAUGACGAAGACCUCGACCACAUGAUGGUCGAGUACGAUCGCCUGUGCCGCUCCUCACCUAGACCCGCACGCCUGAGGCUCAUCCUCUUUCCUCUCCCCAACACCACCACCAGCACCACCACAACCAUCACAACCACAACCGCAACCACCACCAACAAUGCGCCUCUUCCUCCUCACCCUUCAGUUCUUACCAAACCCGAGCGUCAGUGGUUCGUGGACGCUCUCAACUCCGUUCGGAUUCCAGAACCUUCUUCUUCCUCGUCUCCUACGCAACUGCCUCAUCCAUCUUUCGCGGCAUUGAAUCCGGAUUUUCUGUUCGGAUUAGAUAAUCAUAAACCACAUCACGCGAUUUCAAUGGAUCCCGCACCUUCCGCUCCAACCGUUCCGGAUUUCUCUAUUGGAUCCUCGGAAAACGCGCCAGAAGCAGUUGGAGAAACUGAAUUCGUUAGGCACGUGCAGGAGAUGCAGAGGCUUCACCUCCGGAACAACAACACGACCAGUGACCAACCACCACAGCCUCAACGUAAAAGCACCGAAGAGAACGGCGUUGAGUAUUACGCUCAGAAGAAUCAAGAGAAACCGCCUAAUUCAGGACCGGUUCACGGAAAUGGACCGGUUCCCGUUCCGGUUCAUGGCUCGUUUUUGCACAACCCGGUUGGUCAUGGUGGCGGUUACUCUUUGCCGGUUUCUGGAACCGGAGUUGAACCGGCUCCGGUUUAUAUCAUUCAGACGCCUUCUGGAGUCUACCAGGCAAUAACACCGGUGGCCGGACCGGUUGGUCCCGGUCCGGUUUAUCUGAUUCAGAAGACGCCGGCGUCGGUUUCACAUGCACCGACGCCAGUGUCGCAUGCACCGGCGCAGAAUGGUGGUUACGGCGGUUCCGAGGUUGGUUCGGCUGCGGAGCGAGGCUACUCGCAGGUUGCAUAUGCGGUACGACCGCAGGCGGCAGCGGCUCCCAGCGGUGACGGGUGGAACUGAGAAGAACUGUGAUUUGUUCGUAUGCUGUGUUGUGUGAUAGUUUGAUACAAGUCGAUAUUUGGUUCCUUCGUUUCGUGGCGCAACGCUUUCGCUUAGUUUUGGUGUUUCAAUUUUUUUUUCCUUGUUAAAUUUGGGGUUAUUGUCAUGGAUAUUAUUGUUUCUUGUGCAUAUUAAAAAAAUGGAUUUGGAGAUUUGUUAAGAGUGUAA